UCAACCAAUUUUUUUUUUUCUUUCAACCUUCCCUCACUAGUCACUACCAUAGUAACAUUCCUCCAAUUCCAUGAGAGAAAUUUAGUUACUACAGUAAAAACUCAAAUCAAACCCCAACUUUUUCACCUUAGGGUUUCCUUAAAAAAAAAAAAACAGUAAAACCCCUCUUCCUCGGUUCUUCCACACUCCCCUCUGAACCUCCAUUACAAUCAGUCAAUCACCAUGGAAGAACUUCCUCAAUCUCUCUCCUCUUUACAACCUCCCCUCAAAAAACCCAAAAUGUCUUCCUCCACCACCACAACUUCCGACGACGACGCCGCAAAACCACGGCGAUUAAAACUCCGAAAAGUCGCCAUUUUCUUCGCUUACUGCGGUGUUGGAUACCAAGGAAUGCAGAAAAACCCAGGUGCCAAAACCAUUGAAUCCGACCUCGAAGAAGCCCUCUAUCUAUCCGGCGCAGUUCCCGAGGCUGACCGUGGGCAGCCUAAACGCUUUGACUUUGCGCGAUCUGCGAGAACUGAUAAGGGUGUUAGUGCCGUCGGUCAGGUUGUUUCGGGCAGGUUUUAUGUUGAUCCACCUGGGUUUGUUCAUCGAUUGAACUCUAAUCUCUCUCCUCAGAUUAGGGUUUUUGGGUUUAAGAGGGCUACGCCUUCUUUUAAUGCUAAGAAGUUUUGUGAUAGGAGGAGGUAUGUUUAUUUGUUGCCUGUUUUUGCGCUUGAUGGUAAUUGUCAUCGUGAUCGUGAGAGUGUUAUGGCUAGUUUAGGGUCUGGAAAUGAGCUUGUUAAGUGUUUUGGGUGUUCUGAGAGGGGGAGGAAGGUUGUUGGAUUGAUGGGUAAUAGGAGAGAUUGGGAGUUUUGUGGUGGUGUUGAUUCGGGUGUUUCGUCGAAUGGUGGAGAUGUGUUGUUGAAUGGUGGGGAGAAAGAGGGGGGAAAUGGAAGAGAAGGUGGUGUUUUAUUGGGAGGUAGUGGUGGUGUGGGGGGAGGGUUGGGAAAUGUUGUGGAUUCGGAAGUUUCGGUUCAUUCGGGCAUUUUGUCGAGCAAUGGAGAUGCAUUGUUGAAUCGCGGUGAAGAAGAGAAGAAUGAGGGAGAUGAUUGUAAUGUUUCUGUGGAGGAUAGAAAUAGUGUAGAAGAACCCUUGAAAGUUGAUGUGAGUAUGGUGGAUUCUGAAAAUUUUGCAGACAAUAAUGUUGUUUCUGAGGAAGCUAGUAAGGAAAUUAAGAGUGAUUUUAAGUAUGGGGAAGAGGAGAAGAAGAGGUUUAAUAGAAUUCUUAAGCAUUAUGAAGGAACACAUAAUUUCCACAACUUUACCACAAGAACAAAGGCUGAAGAUCCAUCAGCAAAACGGUACAUCGUUUCAUUCGAAGCAAACACAACCUUUACAAUUGAAGGGAUUGAGUUUGUGAAAUGUGAGGUUAUUGGGCAGAGCUUCAUGCUUCACCAGAUUCGGAAAAUGAUGGGUUUGGCUGUGGCGGUGAUGAGGAAUUUUACUUCUGAAUUAAUCUAUGACAGAGCAUUCGAUCAGGAUUUUAAGAUUAAUGUGCCUACUGCCCCAGAGGUGGGGUUGUACUUGGAUGAAUGUUUUUUCACCUCAUAUAACAAUAAGUGGAAAAACACACAUGAGGAGCUAUCGAUGAAAGAUUAUGCAGAAGAAGCUGAGGAAUUCAAAAUGAAGUAUAUAUACUCCCAUGUAGGCAAGACCGAAGAUAAGGAAGGAUCUGUCGCUGUUUGGUUACACUCCCUAAAUCACCGAAACUAUCCUGAUUUGCGGUAUCCUAAUGAUGAAGUGGAGAAAUUGGCUAAUGAUGAAGUGGAGAAAUUGGCUGGAGAUGAAGUGAAAGAAGCUGCUACUGAUGAAGUCGAGAGAGUGGUUGACAAUGAAGUGGCGGAAGCUGGUAAAGAUGGAGUGGCGGAAGCUGGUAAAGAUGGAGUGGUGGAAGCUGGUAAAGAUGGAGUGGCGGAAGCUGCUAAAGAUGGAGUGGCAGAAGCUGCUAAAGAUGGAGUGGCGGAAGCUGCUAAAGAUAAAGUGGCGGAAGCUGCUAAAGAUGAAGUGGAGAGCGCGGUUAACAAUGAAUUGGUGGAAGCUGCAAAAGAUGAAGUGGAGAGAACAGCUAAUGGUGAAGUGGAGAGGCCAGCUGAGGACCAAGUGAAGAGAGUGGCCGAGGGAGAGGCCAUGGAUGUUCUUCCCUGAGUUAGUUUUCUUCUAAGGACAUCUGACUACUAUAUUUUUGGGUUCUGUAUUGUUUUCUGGUAGUAUAAGAUUUUGUAGACCUACUAAUACUAUGAUUCUGUUUAGGAAGAGUUGAUAUGGGGAGCAUUUUCAUCCCCCUCAAUUAGUCAACCCCACAGAUGGAAUUGUACUCUAACUUGAAUCAAUAGAGCAUAAUACUUAUCAAAGACCAAAGUGUAUUAUUUUCUGUUCCAGCAAAUGAAAUGAAUUGCAAGCAGAUUCAAGAGGCUCUA